AUGAAGAGUUCACUCUUGUCACUGGCCACAUUGGUUCUUCCUGCUCUGGGUGAAUUGACUCUACGCAAGAGAGAUGUGCCAGCCGUUGUUGGAUUCGAUAUUAAGCGGAAAGAUAUUCCCAAUCCUAUUGCGCGAGAUCAAGCUCGACGGAAGCGGGCGGAUACUGUCAGCGUAACCUUGCAGAAUGAGGAAUACAUCUAUUUGUGUAAUGUCACUCUCGGUUCCCCUGGACAAACCUUGUACCUGGUCCUCGACACUGGUAGUAGUGAUCUCUGGGUGAAUACCCCCAACUCUACCUUUUGCGAGGAGAAUUCGAGUGCUUGUAACUAUUACGGUACAUACAAUGCUUCCAAAUCAUCGACAUACGCCUACGUCAACUCCGACUUUAACAUUAGCUACGCCGAUGGAUCCGGUGCGUCUGGUUACUACGCUACGGAGACCCUCACUAUUGGUGGUACCGAAAUCACAGAUCUCCAAUUCGGUAUUGGUUAUGAAUCCUCAUCAGAGGAGGGUGUUUUGGGUAUUGGAUACAUCACAAAUGAAGCUCUAGUUAGCACCGAGGACACCACAUACGCCAACUUACCCAAAACAAUGGUCAACAAGGGAUUAAUCAAGUCCAACGCCUACAGUCUCUGGUUAAACGAUCUCGACUCGAACGAAGGCUCCAUUCUAUUCGGAGGUGUCAACACCGAAAAGUACCACGGUUCUCUCUCAACCCUACCAAUCGAUAAGACUGGAAAUGAAUACAGCGCAUUCUACAUCACCCUGACCGGAGUAUCCGUGACCAACUCCUCCGGAACCACAAACUACUCCUCCAGCGCAUUCCCAGCCGCAGCUUUACUUGACUCCGGUAGUUCACUGACCUACCUUCCGAAUGGAGUUGUCGAAGAUAUCUACGAUGUACUAGGCGUCAGUUACGACGAACAACUCGGCUACGGAUUUAUCGCCUGCAGCGCCGCUAAGAAAGAUGUCAAUAUUUCCUACACCUUCUCAUCACCCGUGAUCAAUGUCGGUAUCGCCGAACUUGUCCUGGAUAUCGGUAACGACGAAUACUUCAGCAACGGCGAACAAGCAUGUGCAUUUGGAAUUGCGCCCGCUGGUGAAAGUUCGCCCGUUCUUGGAGAUACCUUCUUGCGCAGUGCAUACGUGGUGUACGAUCUUGCGAAUAACGAGAUCUCUUUGGCCAAUACCAAGUUCGGUUCGACGGGUUCGAACAUUGAGGAGAUUGGAUCUGGAUCGGACUCUGUCCCUGAUUCUACUUCGGUUGCUAAUGCCGUUACGACAGUUGUUGCUGGAGGUGGUUCGGGUAACAUUGGUGUUCCUACUGGUGAGGUUACCAUUGUUGGUAGCAAGAAUCCCGCUCCUCCAGGACCUACUCACAUGCCCAGGAAUAUGGCAUUGGGUUUGGCAGGAGCUGCACUCCUUAUCCUGUAG